UAAGAACUUUUAACCAUAAAAAUCAAAUAGAAUCGAUUAAAUCUUUAUUAUUUUACAUUUUAAAGUUACUUUAUUACCAAACACACAAUAUUUAUGACUAUUCGUGUUUUUAAACAGCGAACAUGUUUCUGUAUGAAUGUAGAUGAGCACUCAGGUAGUUUGACGGUGAUUUGAGUUCCUGACGCCCCGGUUGUGUUGAUGGAGACUCCGGUGCUUCAUCCGAACCCGCCCGGACCUGGAGAGUGUCACAAACGCUUCCAGGCGGCGGUGGAUGUGAUCCAGAACCUGCCCAAAAAUGGUUCCUACAGACCUUCAUAUGAAGUGAUGCUGCGAUUCUAUAGCUUGUAUAAGCAGGCCAUGUUUGGCCCCUGCAGAGCAUCGCGUCCAGGAUUUUGGGAUCCUGUGGGCCGGUAUAAGUGGGAUGCUUGGAAUCAGCUUGGAGACAUGAGUUGUGAAAGUGCCAUGACUGCAUAUGUAGAUGAGAUGAAGAAAGUGGCACAAGAGGUUAUAGACAAAAUGCCAAUGAAUGAGAAGACAGCCUCCUUUUACCACUAUUUUGAGCCUCUCUACCAGGUCAUUCAUGAUAUGCCCAGACCACCAGAGGAUCUGCUGAGUCUGAGACCAGAUAUAAAUGCCAAUGAAUCAAAUGCAAGUUUGGCUGUGGAGGUGAACGGUCCCACUCGAGAGGAAAUGGUACAAGAGCUAGAAGAACAAAAGCUAAAUCCUGAACCUGUCCUGAAUACUGAGCAUCAGAGUGAGAGAACAGCUCUGUCUGACGGUCUCGUGUUGACCAGCGACUCUGAGAGUGAAAUCUUCUGUGACUCAGUGGAACAGUUGGACCAUAUUAAGCCAGUCCCUGAAACGUACGGUGACCCGGACUGGCACCAUGAACACACACCUGCCAUCCAGGUGAACCAGCUGGGAGCUGGGCAGGGUGGAGAGGGGGGCGAGGACAGACGUGGCCUUCCACUGAGAAGGAGGGAACAAUCAAGAGAGGAAAUGAGGCGUGGAUGGAGAGAACCUGCCCAUGAUCUUUCUCACAGCAGUGGGAGACCAGCAGGACGACAGAUUUCAGGUGCAGGGGGGGGAGGUGAUUCUGAUGGAGGGGGUGAAAGGUUCCAGGACCCAAAGCUUCAGCAGCAGAUCAUGCUGGCGCUCCUGAGGCUCAGAGACGACAUGCAGAGCGUCAUCGAGCGACUCGAGGUGGUGGAGGGUUUGGCUGCAGCUAAUGCUCAGGAUUCACAGUGGAGAACUCGCAGACAGUUUACAGUUCUGCAGACUGAGGUAGAGACGUGGUGGCCAUUUGAAGUGUCUGGCCGAACUCUGCUGCUGCUUCUGAUCUGGCCCUUCAUCGCUCAGGGAAUGGUGUUCUUGCUUCGACAGUGGAAAAAAAAAACUUAGAUCUUAAUAUAAAUCUUCCUUGUGUAAGAAAAUGAAGUUCUGUAUUAUCAACGUUGGGACACAUUGAUCCAUUUUUUCCUCGUUUUUAAUACAGAGCUAGCAUUUAGUAUUGACCAUGAGAACACUAGUGUCUGACUGGUGCAUUCCUGAUAAAUAUCCUAUUUAAUGUGAACCGCAGGUAGAAAGGGUACGUGCUUAAGAACAAGGUUUAGAUACGCGUAAAAAUAUUUUAUUUAAAACGUACAUGUAUACAACAAAGUUGGGACCGUAGGAAAAAUGUACACUAAUGAGCCAAAACAUUGGAACCAGCCACCUAAUAUACUGUCAAAACAGCUCUAACCCACCGAGACGGGGCCCCUAUCUCCACUAACGCUAUACUAAAGUAUAUUGCAGGCAUCAAAUUAGGAAUUAGCAUAUAUUUACAAAAAUGAUCGAAUAAAUCAUAAAUCAUUUAUUUGUAUUUUA